UUGGCUCCUGGGGCUGUCAAUCACCACGGGGGUCUUUACCCCCUGUCUCGUUUUGCAAAAAAAGACAGGUUGCAACGUGCCUUUGAGCCUUUAAUUUUAAUUUUGUUUCCCCCUCUUUGGCUGGAGAUCCUUAAACGAAAUGGCAGUAAUGGGGGUCCAGCUCGUGGCCUCCCUCUUCGUGGCCAGCAUCAUGCAGAAGAUGGCCCCCCACUGGUCCUUCUCCCGGUGGCUGCUGUGCAAUGGAAGCCUCUAUCGCUACAAGCACCCGUCCGAAGAGGAGCUGUUGGCCCUUGCGGGCAAGCAGAAGCCGAAGGGCAAAAGGGACCGGCGGAUCAACGGGGUGACAGACGAGAAGCCUCCCUCCGUUCCCAGGGACAUCGACCUGCGGCUGGAGAGCUGCCCCAUCACGGCUGUGGACGCCCUCGUGCUGUGCUAUUUCCUGGAAUACCAGUGGUACGUGGAUUUCGGCGUCUACGCCACCCUUGUCUACCUCUUCACCGAAGCCUACUACUGCCUGGUGGACCCCCAGGAGGAAGCCAACAUCGGAAUCCUUUGGUGCCUCCUGACGGUCAUCUUCUCGGUCAAAAUCUUUUCCAUGGUGAUGCGCCAUUACUUCCGCUCCACGGAGGGGGGCGAGCGCUCGGUCUGCCUGGCCUUCUCCUUCCUCCUCCUCCUGGUAGCCAUGCUGGUGCUCGUCAUCCCCGAAAAAUACCUCGAAUUGGGCCUUCACGCAGGGCUGGCCAACGUGCAUGAGAACUUGGAGCUGUUCUUAAAGGAACAAGGAUGGGAAUGGAUGAUCCCUGUGAGUAAGCUGACCAUCAGACUGGUGCUUGUAGGCCUCUGCUCGUUUAUUGGGGGCUGUUUGACCUUCCCUGGACUACGGCUGGCUCAGACCCAUUUGGAUGCCCUCAAGAUGACCGCCGAUCGGCCGAUGGUCCAGCUGCUGCUCCACGCCAGCUUCCUUGCACCUGUGAUCGUUGUGUUCAUGUGGAUCAAGCCCAUUUCUCGGGAUCUCUUGCUGAAAGCCCCCAUGGGCAAGGAGACGGUCCAGAUCAUGUCCGACGCGACGUACAAUUCUGUGCGCCUCUGGACCGUUGUGCUGUUGUGCCUCUUGCGCCUGGCGGUCACCCGCUACCACCUCCAGGCUUACUUGAACCUGGCAGAGCGGUGGGUAGAACGGAUGAAGCGGGAGGCCGGCCGGAUCGCGGUCCUCGAGAUACAGCGGAAGAUCACCCGGAUUUACUGCUACGUAACUGUGAUCAGCCUGCAGUACCUGGCCCCGAUCCUGCUCACCUUCCAUUCUACGCUCCUUCUCAAAACUCUUGGCGAAUACUCUUGGGGUCUGUAUCCGGAGCCUGCCUUGACCUCCCCAGCCCUUGACGCUGCUCCUGCCCCCCAGCUCUCUGACGAGGCCGGAAAGGACGACGUCCGAGCUGCCGUGGAACAGAUCACAGGGAUGCUGAGCGCUCUGCGCGCCCUCUUCACACCUCUUUUCUACCGGGGCCUUCUGUCGUUCUUCACCUGGUGGGUGUCUGCCUGCCAAGUGGUGGCGGCUCUGUUUGGCCUCUAUUUCCACCAGCACCUGGCCACAUCCUAACUGCUGGGGACUCCGGUCCUGAACAGCCAUCCUCUUGCUCAGGAUGGCCUCGGAUGUCCCUUUCUGGCCGUGGGGGCCAAUGGGUCACCAUCCUUUGACCCGGGGCUUCCUCAACAGCUACCUGGCAUGGAAGAGAAAACUGUUUUACCUGCGCCGAUGUAGAAGCGCUUGGAUAGGAAACAUAGCCAUCAGGACUCCUGUCUCUGCGGAUACUGAAAAAACGUGGAUAAGGAAUGCUAUACACAGUGUGCUCUCUGGCUCCCUCUUGUGGCCAGUUUUGGUAACUUCCUCUUUAGAAACUGAUUUCUCGCAUUUUUCUAUUUGACAUUUUUAACAUUUUCAGACCGUGGUUCAACAAAUCAGUGGAUAUGGGUCCCACAGAUACAGGGAUCCUACUGGAUUUGACCGGAUUACCUCUCUCUCUCUCAACAACGUACAGUACAUCCAUUUUUAUGUUCUCUAAAAGUUGAUAAUACAUUAGAAAAGGAUGCCGAUUUGUGACUGGGUUCUGUUCUAUCAAAAGAAGGGGCAGGAAUCUCGGUCAGUUGCCAGAUUUUAUUGCAAAUCCAGUUUUAGGUCAACCGCCUGAGACACGGCACGGCCUCUGGCUCCCUCUUGCAACCAGUCCUGGUGGCUUGAAGUUUAGAAAUAUAUAUAU